AAACUCAUCUCACUCUCAUUGUUCAACACACAAAUUAUAUCUCACCAAAUUAAAGGAAAAAAGUUUAAGAAUGUUUUCACAAAACACCCUUUUGAUUUUCUUUGCUAUUUUCUUUCUCCAUGUUUCCACCAUCACAUUUGCCUCUGAUCCUGAUCCAGUUCAAGAUUUUUGCAUACCACACCAAAAGUUAUUAGGUUCCAUGAAUGCAUCUCAUCACCAUGGAACUCCUUCCAUUCUCCCAUGCAAGAAUUCGUCUGAGGCUACGGCUACUGACUUUGUCUUUUCCGGCACGAAAGCGGCCGGAAACUUCUCUGAAGACGGCAUAGCCGUGAUAUCCGCUAGCCUCGCGAACUUCCCGGGUCUUAACACACUCGGGAUGUCAUUCGCGAGGGCGGAUAUUGAAGUCGGCGGGAUAAACCCGCCGCAUUUUCACCCUAGGGCAACGGAAUUGGUGCAUGUUGUGGAAGGGAAAGUGUAUAUAGGUUUUGUUGAUUCAAGCAAUAGGGUUUUUGCUAGGGUUUUGGAACAAGGUGAAGUUAUGGUGCUUCCAAGGGGAUUGGUUCAUUUCAUGAUGAAUGUUGGUGACAAAAUUGCAACAAUUUUUGGAAGCUUUAAUAGUCAAAACCCUGGCAUGCAAAAGAUUCCUUCUGCUGUGUUUGGAUCUGGGAUUGAUGAGGAGUUAUUGCAAAAGGCUUUUGGAUUGGAUUCUAAGCAGAUUGGAAGCAUGAGAAGAAAAUUUGAUCCAAAUUCAAAGUAAUAUGCAUCAUAAUAAUAAGGUAUUAGAAAAUGUUGAGAUCAAUGAUGUUAUUAUUAGUUAAUAUAUAGUAGUGAUCUAUGUUUUUUUUUAUUACAUUUUGAGAGUUCAUAUGACUUAUGAGUCAUAAAUCUUGGAGUCUCUAAGUUUUGUUA